GCCGCAGCGGCUGCGGCGCAGGCGGCGCAGGCGGCAGCGUCUUCGCACUCCAGUUUCUCAGUCGAAACCAGGCGGCGCGGAGUUCCAGACGGUCAUCAGCGAGACCUGGAAGGGGCCCGGGGCCCAUUCAGCCCUUGAGCGCCGAGGCGGUCAAGAACCACGUCGCCAACUUCUGGGUCGUCUUCGACAAGGGCCCUCCCCGGGACGAAGAACGAACUCCAGUCCAACUGGCGGGACUGAUUUGCGCCCUCGGGGGAGCUGGCGCCCCGUCCUUCGAUUUCGGGGCGCGGGGCCGGAACCGUCGGCGACUUCUGCGUCGAAUCCGUUAUUCUGGGGCGAAGUUCGGCGCAGGGGGCGCUCUCGAAACGGUUGAACUUCUGGGGCCGGCCAAUUUCCAUGCCUGCGAUGAGAGUUGCCAGCUCGUCAUAGCUGGCACGAUCGGCUUCGAGGCCGUCUCGCUGGGCAACCUCGCCAACUGCGCCACGAAGGUCAAAGGCUCCUACGACUUAUAUGGCCAGGAAUGCUGGGCAAUUCUAUAUCAAGAUGAUGUCCGGGCGAGGCCCGAGGAGAUGGAGCGGCCCCGGCGCCGCUUGGGGGAGAAACGCGCCAAACCCACCGACGGCAGGGGCAAGUGCGACAAGCAUGGCCCCAGCAGGCCUUGGAACUCCAUCUGGGCAGCCAUCGUGGAGGACAAGGACGGCUCCUCGCAGCGCGAGGUCGAGCGCCAGUGCCAGCUCUACCACUCGGAGAUCAAGUCCAAGCAGUCAUUCAUCGACGGGGGCGCCUCGAUCGAGACGGCGGCCGGCUCGGGUGCUAUCCCGAGCAGGGGCGGCAGCGCCGCUCGGCCAGGCAAGCGCCUCGGCGAGCGGGGCGACGACGCUGGCGAUCGCAGGGUGAUGCCCGGGUUCGAGAAGAGCUGCUGCGUCGCAGGUGGCCUCUUCACGCGCAACCGCCGCGACAUCCGGCUGCGCGCGGGGCCGCGGGCGCGGCCGCUGGCGAUCGUCGAGACAGCCGGCGCCAGCGGCAGCGCCGACCCCGCAGGCUACGACGGCGGGCAGGAGCAUGUGAGGAGGCGGGACAACGACGUGGACAUGUUUGACACUGCCGACGGCGACGGCACCCACGACAUCGGCGAGGACGUCGUGUAUGAGGCGUUGGUCAGCCAGAUCCGCCAUGCCACGUUCUCGGCCGUGUUCCUGCGGCCCACUCGGGAUGCCUUCGGCGAUGCUUCGCCCGGGGCGCUCAGCGACGCCCGUUCCGCUGGGUCGCCAUCGUUCUUCGCGCUGCUUGAGGCGGAGGCUUUGGAGGGCUUGGCCAGCAUCGAGGACAUCGCGAGCAGCGCCCAGAUCGGCGCUGCCACCACCUUCCGGGGAUCGGUCCAUCUGACAAGCAGGCUCCAGACGGCGAGCACCACUGCGAGCUUGAGCAGGCUCGUCGCGGAGGGCAUCGGUUCGGCGGUGCGCGGCUCUGCCUCUCAGACUUCUGCGAGGCCGCGCGCGAUCCCGGAUGUUGGGCCAGAGGUCCGAUUUCCCCUUGGUGGCGCAAUGGUCACUUUCAGCGCGCGUCUGCGCGGGGCCCGAGACAACCCGAAGCAGCAACGCAAUAUAGAGGACACGUGCAUGGGGGGCAUGCGGGACGCUGCGGACGUCGUCGCCCAGAUGCCAAGGCACUGCCGUUUGGGGCCUCUGCUCUGCAGGUGCUUCAGCAGCUUCCUCGACCGCCGCCCAGGCGUAGAACGUGACAUCCUGCGCGCAGUGUCGGGGUCUGAUGGCGGAAAGACCUCGAACGACCUCCCGGGCCCGAAACAGCCAGCGCUGGGCGAGGGGGCCCCGGCUGGCCUCGAGGCGGACCCGACGGCCGUUGACAAGACUUUUCGGAGCCCGCAGGCGCCGGCUCGUCCAGAGGACCCCGAGUGCACGCACUUGCCACCAGAGGAGUUUGUGAACUACACGUCUUUCGACAAGGGCGCCGAGGCCGAGCAGGAAGUUCAGGAGUUUGUCUCCAAAGGAUAUCUCCGUGCUGUCGAUUUAUUGCAGCAGCUCCGGGAGUAUCUUGGGGCAGAGCCUGUCGCGUCCCGCUUUGCGGUCAGAGUCCACGAACGACAUGGCAAGUAUCAGCGGCGCCUGAUUCUUGACCUCCGCCAGUCGGGGGUUACGUCGUGUACUAGGCAGACGCACCGUAUCGCCCUGCCUCGGGGGUCAGACGCUGUCCGCGACGUCCUCCUCCACAUGUGCGAAGGGGGCCGCGAGGGGAGCACCGCGGGCGAUGGCAUCGAGCUCUUCAUCUUGGACAUUGUCGAUGCUUUCUGGAACAUACCAUUGUUGUUCGAUGAGCGCCGACACUUCAUCGGCAAAGUCGGGAAGCAAUGCACGGGCGAUCAGAGGGCUGCUCAGGGCUCGCGAAACGGCCCGCUUGCGUGGGCAG